AUGCCAACAAUCAGUUGUGACAGCAAAUAUCUUUUCAAAUUAAUUGGAAAAGAAUUUACCGAAAAAGAAUUUGAUGAAGUAUGUUUCCAAUAUGGAAUUGAACUUGAUGAUGUUGUUGAAGAAGAUGGGAAAACAAUAUAUAAAAUUGAAGUUGGAGCAAAUAGAUAUGAUUUAUUAUGUGUAGAAGGAAUUGCCAUUUGUUUAAAAACAUUUUUAAAAAUGAAAGAAUUUCCAAAAUAUACAGUGAAAUCAAGUGGAAUUCAAAUUCAUGUUGGUAAAGAUGUAGAAAAAGUUAGACCAAUUUGUAUGGGUGCAGUAUUAAGAGGAAUUACAUUUACAGAAGAAAGUUAUAAGAGAUAUACUGAAGUUAUUACUUUUGUAUUAAUGUCAAUAGCUGAUGCAGCUACAAAUUUAAGAAGACCAGAAGAAGGAUUAAUUAAAUUAAAAGAUUCAAAAACACUUGAAUUCCAAACAGCAAGAAAAAGUUUAUUAUCAGGAAUGAUGAAAUGUUUAUAUUAUAAUAAAGCAUAUCCAAUGCCAAUUAGAAUGUUUGAAGUUGGUGAUACUGUCUCAUUAAAAGAAGGUAGUUUAACAGGAGCAGUUAAUAGACAACAAGUAUGUGCUUUAGUCUGUUCUCCAACUGGAUUAAUGGAAGAAAUUCAUGGGUUAUUAGAUAAAAUUAUGUUCUGUUAUGGUAUUGGAUAUAAAAACCCAAGAAAAGAAGGUGGACCACAUUAUGACAUUGUCCCUGGUAAUGACCCUGCUUACAUGGAAGGAAGAAGAGCUGAUAUCAUGAUUAAUGGAGUUAAAUAUGGUAUGUUUGGUGUAUUACAUCCUGAAGUACUUAAAAACUUUGAAGUUGAUAACCCUGUUGUUGCAUUGGAACUUUAUCUUGAUUUCCCUAAUGGACUUUAA